AAGAUCAAGUACCUGGUGGACUGGAAGGGGUUCGGUCCUGAAGCGCGCACCUGGGAACCCGUCACGAGCCUGGAGAACGCGCCAAAAAAGAUCAACGAGUUCCAUAAGAAACACCCCGACAAGCCCCGCACGGUAGAGGAAUGGGAGGAACAGAAAAGAAAUAAGAAGGCGGUAGAGAGAAACAAGAAGCGACGAUGA